UACAAUUCGCCGUUGCUUCCUUCUUCAUGACCUUCUCUUUCUUAAUUCUUACUUCUUCAAUUUUGCCUCCCCCUCUUCGUUUUUUCAAUAUAAAUACUAGCCAAAGAGAGACCCUUUUAUCUUAAAAGAUCCAUAGGUAUAAAAUCUUGAGCUUCUUUUUAUUUUUAAAUGGCUUCUUUUAAUGUUUCUUCUUACCCUUCAACUACCACAAGAGCAGCUCUCUCUGGCUCCCAGUCAAGCAGAAAUCUCAAAUUGUUCAAUGGAUUACAUGGCGUGAAUUCAUUUUGUGCAAAUGGGAAUGCAUUGAAUUUGGCAUUGAUUCGUCUGGAUGGUUGUAAAUCAUCGUUUGGUAUUAAGGGUGCUGGCAAAACUCGAGCCACACUGAUAUCUGGUGAUGACCUGCUGUCCUUUUCCAAUGGCAAUGGUGUUGCAGCAAAGAGUACUCUUCUUGAUAAUGGUUCAGUUGGGACCUUAUCAGCUGAUACUGCUUCCAUCACCAAUGAUUUUGUCGUAGGUAAUGAUGACCAUGAAUUGGAUCGCCCCACAGAAGGAUUUUCUUCCAUCCCCGAUGCCAUUGAAGAUAUUCGCCAAGGAAAGAUUGUAGUGGUUGUAGACGAUGAAGACAGAGAAAAUGAAGGGGAUCUCAUUAUGGCAGCAGAGUUGGCAACUCCUGAAGCUAUGGCAUUUAUUGUGAAGCAUGGCACUGGAAUAGUUUGUGUAAGCAUGCAAGGGGAAGAUCUGGACAGGUUACAGCUCCCUUUGAUGGUUAGGCAAAACGAAAAUGAUGAAAAACUUCGUACAGCAUUCACUGUGACAGUGGAUGCAAAACAUGGUACAACCACUGGGGUUUCAGCUAAUGAUAGGGCAACAACAAUGUUAGCUCUAGCAUCCAAAGAUUCAAAACCCGAUGAUUUCAACCGUCCGGGCCACAUUUUUCCAUUGAGGUAUAGGGAGGGUGGAGUUCUGAAAAGAGCUGGACAUACAGAAGCUUCUGUUGAUCUUGUUGUUCUAGCUGGAUUGGACCCUGUUGCAGUUCUGUGUGAGGUUGUGGAUGAUGAUGGCUCCAUGGCUAGAUUACCAAAGCUCCGUCAAUUUGCAGAGAGGGAGAACUUGAAAAUUAUAUCUAUAGCUGAUUUAAUCAGGUAUAGAAGGAAGACUGAUAAAUUGGUAGAUCGUUCUUCUGCUGCUCAGAUACCAACAAUGUGGGGACCGUUCACAGCUUACUGUUAUAGGUCAAUAUUAGAUGGCAUUGAGCAUAUUGCAAUGGUUAAGGGUGACAUUGGAGAUGGGCAGGAUGUUCUUGUGAGGGUACAUUCAGAAUGCCUCACAGGAGAUAUAUUUGGCUCUGCUAGAUGUGAUUGUGGGGAUCAGCUGGCACUUGCAAUGCAGCAGAUUGAGGCUGCUGGCAGGGGUGUGUUGGUCUAUCUCCGUGGGCAUGAAGGGCGUGGCAUUGGUUUAGGUCAUAAACUUCGUGCAUACAACCUCCAAGAUGAUGGACGUGAUACCGUGGAAGCAAAUGAGGAGCUGGGGCUUCCUGUUGAUUCACGAGAAUAUGGCAUUGGCGCCCAGAUGUUGCGUGAUCUGGGAGUCCGAACAAUGAAGUUGAUGACGAACAACCCUGCAAAGUACAUCGGGCUCAAAGGUUAUGGAUUGGCAGUUUCAGGUAGAGUUCCGCUAUUGACUCCCAUCACAAAAGACAACAAGAGAUAUCUGGAAACCAAACGUGCUAAAAUGGGGCAUAUCUAUGGUGCUGAAUUCAAUGGCCACUUAAGCAACCUCAUCAAUAGCAAUGGUAAUGGUAAAUCCGGUGUUGAAACUCCCAUCUGAUCUCCUAACUGAUGGAUAGACCAGCUGUAUCCAUGCUUCAGACUCCCAGCAGUCAAGUCAAUUAUGAGGUUCCAGAUGGGUUGUUUAACAUGACAGAAUGGCAGCAUUAUGGAUUGAAUUAUAGAUAAAGAGCAUAGAUUCUUUUAUUGUACUCCAACUCAAAAUCAAAACUAUGAUUACAUUGCUUUGCCAGAAAACUUUUCGAAGGUUUAUCGAGUGUAAUCGAGAGCCUUUCAUUCUUUAAGGUGUAAAGUAGACAAAAAAAAAAAAUCCCAUUUUAUGCUUUUGUAACGUAGUCAUUGUAAGGAUGUUAAUGCGAUUCUCUCUCUUUUCCCAUCAAUUCAAAUAGUUUGAAGUA